AUGCAUCUGCCAACUACUGUCCUCACUGGCUUCAUGGCCAUGGGUGCCUCGGCCGCAUCCAACUACCUCGGUUUCAACUCGGGAGCAACCCUUGCCGACCGAUCUGCCAAGUUCAAGAAGGACUUCGUUGACGAGAUGAAGGCCGCCCAGGGCCUCACUGGCGCCCCUGGGACCUUCAACGCUGUCCGCCUCUACACCAACAUUCAGGCCUACUCACAGGACGACCCCAUCGAGGCUUUCGAGGCCGCCAUUGAAACCGGGACCAAGUUGCUCCUGGGUGUCUGGGCCUCGGGCACCGACAACAUCGACAAGGAGAUCAGUGCCCUGCACAAGGCUGAGACGAAGUACGGCACCAAGUUCACGGAUACCGUGAUAGGAAUUUCCAUUGGCUCAGAAGAUUUGUAUCGGGAUUCAGUCACAGGUAACAAGAACAAGGCCGGCGUCGGCAAUUCCCCUGCCACCAUUGUCAAGUUCAUCGAGACGUACAAGAAAGCGUUCAAGGACAGUGCCUUGGGCAAGGUCCCCGUGGGCCACGUGGACACUUGGGAUUCAUGGACCAAUACCUCCGCCAAGAUGGUUAUCGACGCCCUGGACUGGGUGGGGGUGGACGAAUAUCCUUUCUACGAAAAUGGGAAAUCCAACGGCAUCGACAAUGCUGGAAGCCUAUUUGAUCGCGCCUAUGAAGCUACCAUUGCUGCUGUCGGCGGCAAGCCUGUAUGGGUGACUGAGACCGGAUGGCCAACCACCGGGCCUAAUUGGGAUCAGGCUGUUCCAUCUGUUGAGAACGCAAAAACAUACUGGGACGAAGUUGGCUGCCGUCAGCUAUUCAACAAAGUGCCUACUUUCUGGUACAACAUUCGCGAUUCCAACCCCGACAACAAGGUCAAGUUCGCCAUCACCAAAGACCUCUCCACCAAGCCUCUCUUCGACCUGACCUGCCCCAAGACCUUCAAGUCCAAGGCUCGAGCUUCCAGCAAUUCCUCUAGUGCUGACAGCACUGCCAGCUUUACUGCCAGUGGUUCUUCCAAGCCUACGUCUACCGGCGGCGCCGGCAGCCCUGGCUCUGACCAUUCCAACGGCUCAGGUACCUCUGGCGGUUCAAAGACCAACGCUGACUCUGGUUCGAGCACCGCUGGUGCUGGCGGUGCUGCUUCCACAACGGCCAAGGGGGCAUCUUCUACCGUUGAGAAGUUUUCUGGCGCGGUCUACUUGGCUUUGGCUGUCGUUGCUGGCUCUUUUGCCCUGCUUUAA